AAACAAUUUUUGAAACCACCCUUUGGUUCCACAAUCUAGCAAAUCCCUCCUUUUUGAAAGACAGUUUUGACUUUUGUUGAACAUAAACUUACCACAGUUCUUGACCAAGAGGAUGGAGGAUGCAAUCAGCCGUUCUUGUACGUUUAAGCUAUAAAAGAAACCUAUCUUUUUAAAGCUUGGUAUAUAUUUUCAGGAUUUCUUAAGUGUUGUAUAUACUGGGAUAAUAGUUCUAAGAAGCUUCAAGUAAAUGGAAUUCUUUGCUUUUGAGUAGGAUGACUUUAUCUUAGUCGACAAGGUACUCUAUUGAAGAACAGUGUUUAGUUUGUACGGGCUUCUAUAAUACGGAACAAAGACUAGGUUUAUAAAGAUGGACCUCAAGGACCCAGCCUCACUGUUAGAUCUUGCUAUGCAGUGUCUACUCAAGAACGAGCCUAUAAUAAUCCAGUCACUUGAGGAGAUCCCGAGAGAACUUCUCAUCCCAUUGUUCUGUGCUGCCUUCUUGGGUGGGCAUAAGAAGACACUGACCGCAAUCGUGAAGGUUUGGCCUUUUUUCUGUCUCCACGUCGGAAAAUUAAGAUCACAUGAAACACACAGUGCACUCUUAAAAGCCAUGAUUGACGGUCUUCAAGUUCUUCCUGCCCCCAACUCUGCUUCUCGAGGCUCCAAACUGAAGAUCCUGGAUUUGAGGCAGGAUGCUAACUGCAGAACCACGUGCUUUCCAAUCAGGACCAAAUCUCCUUUCUGUUUUCACUCUUGUUCUUACACUCAAACCUCUUCCCGCAAAAGAAAAGGAAAACAUAGCACUGUAAAUUUAGGAUCUGAGGUUCAGUUGUCCAGAUAUCCUACUGAAUUACUAGUUGACCUUUCCCUUGACGGUACCUUGAGAACAAGCACAUUUUUGUCUUUGCUUCUGAGUAAAGUUGAACAGAGCUCUGGGGCCUUACACCUCUGCUGCCGUGAUUUGCAAGUUGAUAAACUGUCUGACUACAACAAUACCCUGAAACUUCUGAAUCUGUUGUGUAUUGAUCACCUGGCAGUUGAUCAGGCUUCCUUGAAUGAUAUCAACACCCUUUUGUCUCAGAUGGUUCACCUGGACAGUCUUAGUUUGUCUAAAAUCACCCUCACAUCUCUGAAUGCGAAGAUAUUCAAAAGUUUCCUCACACAACUUGAGCGAAUGGACAACCUUCAGGAGCUAAACUUGUCUUUUUUCUGCCUAACAAAUCGUCUACACAAAUUGCUCAGAGUCCUGCCACAUGAUCUGGAUUAUUUGAAUUUGCCUUUCUGUGAGCUUUCUUACCGUGACUUCAGAUUUCUGUCCCAGUGUCCUCAGGCUGCCCACCUCAAGCUGCUGAAUCUCAGUAACAACCCAAUAUCGUGGGAAGAUUGUGAGCCUUUACAAACGCUUAUGGAGAAUGUCUCUGGUACCCUGCAGCAUCUAGAGAUAAAUCACUGUCUUAUAACAGAUUCUACAAUAUUUUCUCUUCUCCCUGCCCUCAGCCACUGUUCCCACCUCCGUGUGCUUAGUUUUGCUUCUAACCCCAUUACAAUGUCCAUGCUCAUGAGAGUCCUGGAAAACUUACUACCACUAAUGGAGCUGAAAUACGUGAUUUACCCUAUCCCUGUGCAUUGCUAUGAACGCUGGUAUUUUCAGGGUACUUUAGACCGACAGAAGCUUGCUGAUGUGCAGGUCCAACUGAAGGCGAUGCUACAGGCCGCACAGCGGGGUGACAUGAACUGGAUUACUUUUUCAGAGUGAAUUGCACAGUCCAACCAAUUUUCCACACUGAUAUGUGCCCUUUGAGCACUCAGUGUUCUUUCAUGAAUUCUACAGAUUUCACAUGUAAGAUUCUUAUAUUGUAGGAACUAUAGUCAGGAAAUAUAGACAUGUAACUGACCUUUAUAAAGAAUCACCCUAACUAAAAAUGGAAGAGCUGAGAGUUCCUUUGAGUCUUUUGUCCAUUGUCAUUAAUAACCUUCUUACUGACAAAUAUGAUAUGGAUCAGCAGGUCAUGAUAGCUUAUACCCAUAUCCUCACUGAGAUUUUCUUUUAGGAACUUGGCACCAACAGGGUCAAUAUAACUUUCCCUGGAUGUAUUUGGGAAGGCCAGGUGAUUAUAGAAGCCAAUACUUUUAUCCCUUAAGUUGUAUUAAACUUUCACAUUUAAGGCUAUCUUUAGUUUCUUACAGGAAAUCUUCUGUAUUUAACAGUGGGAAAAAGAAUUUAUAAUCACUAACUAUUAAUGUCUUCAACUGUAAGUGGUUACCUCCUCUCCUUUCCUCAGACUGCAGUGCCUCAGUUCUUUACUUCAUACUCAUUGGACAAGGAUUAGUUUCGGAUAUUAUUGUAGGCAGCAGAAUGAAAAGACAAGUUCCUGCCUGAAGCCAUUCAGAGGCUGGGCAUGUCUCUGUUUUAUCUGUUGUCAGUGAACCUAGAAAGUUGUUUUAUGUGCUUGGACCCCACGCUUCAUCUUCCUCAUUCUUGACACAUAUUCUCUUCAAUGCAAAGUGGACUUCAUGAUGUUGGAUCUCUUCCGCAGAAUUCAAGGACUCGAUGUUAUCAUCUUGGAGGUAUUCUUACAUCUCUUUGAUGUCUCUCUUCUGUCAUUGUGCAAAAUGCCUGCAAUAAGAGACUGGUAAGGAAGAGAACUUUGCUUCCUUGUUUUAGACUUUCACUAAGGUUUUUUUGCUCUGGGACUUUGGCAAGACAGAACAUGAUAAAGAACUUUGGCAGAGGGAGAUCCUUUCAACUCAUAAGGCCAGGGAGCAGAGAGGAGAAACACAGAGAGAGCAGAGAGUCCUAACACAGCCUUCAGGAGUUUGAUUUCACUGAUUUGCAGCCUUCAACUAGUCUGCUAUAAAGUUUCUAUCAGCUACUCUGGAGCCGUUCUUGAACUAGUCUGCUCACAACUUUCAACUGCCUGCCUUGGAACCAUCAGCUUGAGACCAGUAUGAACUGGGAAGGACAUUUAGGAGCCCAGUCACAACACUGACUGCUAUUCAUUUACACAGAGCCAUUUUGUCUUACUGUACCAUGUAGGUUUCCUAGUAUACAUUGUUCUCUUUGAAUUUCUUGCUGCUUCCUUUCUAUUAUAGUUGCUCUGUUCAUUGUGCUUUAUUUCAGCCAAAUAUGUAUAUUGAGUCCUAAAUAUUUGGUCAAUCCAAAAUGUUGUGUGCCAUAAAUUGAAAUGCCACAUAGUAUAUAUAAAUUGUGGUAAGAAACAAAGGAUUAAUGAUUGUAAUGUUGAUGUAUUUAUAAAGGUAACUAGCAUACUAGGUUCCUUGGAAAUUAGAAUUUAGUUGUUAAUCACAUGUUGAAAUGUUAACAUUACUAACACUCAAUAACUUAGUAACCAAACAACUGAAAAUACACUUGUUCCUGCUCAGUGUUUUAUUGUUGCAAUAAAAUGGACUGCGUUUUAAAUACGUAGUAAGGAAGAAAAAAUGAGCAUGAUGUGUUUCUACUCUGAAAAGUUAACAUUCUGGAUUUCAGAGCAACUCAAUAAAAUCAUUGUUAAAAUUAAUUGGAUUUUAGGCCAUUGGGAUUGUGCAAAAAGAACAAUUGCUAAAUUUGAGUACUUGAAUGCCAUGGUGGAAAGUAAGAACCUAUUUCUAAGGCUUGUUCUCCAACUUUCACAUGCAUUCCAUGGGUUUGAUGUGACUCAAUAAUCACAUACACACUUCACGUGCACAUACACACACACACACACACACACACAUACACAGACCACCACCCCACCACCACCACCACCACUACCACCACACAUACACAAUACAUACAUGAUGUACAUGAUGCACACAGAUAUACACAAUAAUAAUAAAUUAUAAUGAAAAAUAAACUGAACUUUAUUCAUAAUACUCACUGAAAUAAUAAACAAGAACACCAGCAAAAAUUAAGUUGCAAAGUAGUAAAAAACCAUUCACAUUAAUUCUGGUUUAGGUAAUAAGAAAUUCCAUUUUCUUGUUAGGAAGAAAAAUGAUAAAACAUAAUUCAUGUAUAGUUUCUUUUAUAACAUGGCAUUUAAUACAUUGAAUAAAAAUGUAAAUUAAUGACUUAUUCAUUUCCCUCCUAUUAUUUAUAUAGACUGUGAAAAGUAUUAAAAUGUCAGUAUAACAAGUAAUAGCUUUAUAUGGAUUUCUUGUUAUUAGAUUACUUUUAGCAUUUUAUAUUAAAAAAUGUUAUUAAAUAAAAAUCCUGGAAGGGGGGACAAGAAAGGGGUAACAUCUGGAAUAUAAAUAAAUAAAAUAAUUACUAAUUAAAAAAG